AUGGAUCCAAACCAACUCAACUCUUUCUUCAAUUACUUACAAAACUUUCCUCAAAUUUCAAAUACCCAACAAUCUCAAACCUCAAACUCUCAAGUUCCAAAUCAAAACUUCACACCACCAAAUACAUUUCAAAAUCCAAAUCCACAAAAUCUUUCUAAUUUCAAUUUUCAAGCUCCUUAUAAUAAUCAAUUUCCUAUAUUCCAACCGCAAAAUCAAAAUUCACAAACACCCCAUUUUCCAUUUUCAUCCAUAUUUAACCCCUCUAUCGGAAAUGUUACUCCAACUUUCUUGCCGUUUCCAACUCAAUUCAGUGCAUCAAGACAUAACUCAUCUGGUGUUGGUGGCUCUUCUAACCCAUCCUCUCAGACUCCUAUACAAUCUAGUCCAAAUUCGCAAUAUUCAGAUUUUGCCAACCCUCAUGGAUUAGAUGCUAUCGACCUCAAUGAUGAUAUUGAAGAUCGGAGGCAAGAUAGUAUUCAACACUGGCAUUGGAAAGAGGAUGAGAUGUUGAUCAGUGCAUGGUUAAAUGUUUCAACUGACCCUGUAAUUGGUACCGAUCAAAAGGGGGAAACAUUUUGGAGUCGAAUUCAUAGCUACUGUGUAGAAUUUUGCACCGACAUGACAAGGGGGGUAGUUGCAUGUAAGAAACGAUGGUAUAAGAUCAACAAGGCUGUUGCACAAUUUGCUGGUUGCUACGAUCAAGCUAGUCGAAACAUAAGGAGUGGUUCAAACGCUAAUGAUAUAAAGGAGUUGGCUUAUAAACUUUAUUCCACAAAUUGUGGUCAAAAGUUCACUUUUGAGAGGCAUUGGAACAUGCUUCGGUUGGAGCAAAAAUGGAGAAGCCAACUACCUACACAGAGUGGCGGCUCAAAAAGAACCAAGGUUAGUGCAACUGGAGCAUACUCAUCCUCAUCAAACCCAGAAACACCGUUGGCUGACGAACCCGGUGUGGACUCUCCCGUUCGCCCACAAGGAUCAAAGAAGAGCAAGCGAAGAGGUAAGGGAAAAGCACAGAUGUCUGAAGAUUUUAGCGAAAGAAAAUCAUCGGUUGUCAAAAAAUUAUCUCUCAUGGAAGAUAUUAAGAAUGUUAGAGAAAAGGAACUAAUGGAAAGGGAAAAAGAAAGAGAAGAGGAGAAGGAACAUAGAGCAAAGAUGAUGGCAAUCAAAGAGAAGGAGAUACAAAUUCAAGCGGCAAUGAAGAACAAGAAUUACAAACUCAGAGUCAAUAUUAUUGUGCCGUUGUUGUUCAUGAAAGUGACCGUUGCAAAACUAGCCGUUGCAAAAGUAGCCGUUGCAAAACUAGCCGUUACAAAAGUAGCCGUUGCAAAAGUAGCCGUUGCAAAACUAGCCGUUGCAAAAGUAGCCGUUGCAAAACUAGCCGUUACAAAAGUAGCCGUUGCAAAAGUAGCCGUUGCAAAACUAGCCGUUACAAAACUAGUUUCUCCACUUAUAAAUAUCAACUAUCAAUGA